AUGUAUGGCAGCCUCUACAUGGCCUUUCUCCUGUCGGGAUUCUUCAAGCGUCUCUUUCUUCAACGUUUUGUCCCACCCAGCCUCUUCAAUGCCCUCCUCCCAGCUGGCCUCUGUCUCAUCAGCAACAGUGUCUUCCUGGCUGCCAUCUAUAAUGGUGACUGGUCGUGGUCCAGCAAUCUAAUCCUUGUGCUCAGCCGUCUAUGCUACGGCUGGUCGGUUUACUCCGGUGCUGACUUCACUCGUCGGGCCAACGUGGAGGCCAAGCGACGUGAAAAUGUGCCUUUCACGUUGGAGGACAAAGUCGGCAACAUUGCACCCGAUCUGCAGGACAGUGCCUUUCAUGCAGGUGUCCUCUUGGCUAUCAUUAUUUGCCUCGUUCUCGAAGCCUGCUUUCGUCAAUUUGGCGCUCAGAUGGCUGAAUUCUAUUCUAUGCUGAUUCUGUUGGCAUUCUCAACGGUGAUGUCGUCGGUCAGUGUGCCGUGCAUGUUUUCCACCAUUAAAAAUAUCCUGCGUCCAGUGCAGCAACCCCCGGUGGAGGAAAUACAAGAGGAGGAAGCUGAUGGCCAGUUAUCGCAAUCGACCCAGGUGUGCUUAACUCUCUUUCUUGCCCUCAUCGGUGUUAAGGUUUUCAACACACAUGCUACUUAAACAUGUUGAACUCUCGGUGUAGGCCUUAAUAUAGUCAUAUAGAGAGAGACGGAGACGCCGGGGGAGCUGCGUGCCCUGUGGGCAAGCAUCUGCUGACCAUCGGGUGUUAAUAUCGCCCCCCUCCCCCCUCCAUGAUUGGCUGAUCAUCAGUUAGCCAGGCUGAUGAUUGCAAAAACAAAAUUACGCUAUUUCACUGUGAAUGUGGCUGGACGGUAAAUGAGAUUCCGCACGUCGAAAGAGCGAAUGAGACGGGGCCCACUUUCCUGAGUCCUUGAUGACGCAGUGUGGACCGCAUUUGGCAGCGUCACUUUGGGCACUGCAGGUAAAGCAGUUCUGGGAGUACUCUGUGCAUGCAUAUUGCAACUCGGAUAGCAGAAUCCGUUGACGAGGGUUGAUAUUUUCAGUUUUGCCUAAACGUUUUGAAUGAAAAUAUCUGUCUAAGUACUGACUUACAAUGUGUCCAUGCAUCAGGAAGCAUGCAUUAGGUAGCGUAACUCACGAAGCAUUGUCUAAAAUCAUGGAAUUUGAUCUAGGCCAAGGUGGUUCUCUUAUUUGGGGGUUGUAAUACUGAUUGUCACGCAAAUCAAUCGCCAUAUAUCCCGGUCACGCAAAGAUGCCAGUUUUUGAGUGCGUAUCUCUUUCCGGCCGCCUGCAGAAAUCGCAAUCGCUAGAAAAGGACCACAUAACUAAUGUGAUUUUUAACUAAUGUUUGACGUCCUUAUAGGUCCAAACAUACUUUGUAUAGAGCGUGCUCAAAAUAACAUUUCUAAUACUCACUUUGUGGCAACUGAGGUCGAAUGACGAAGGGUAGCUGCCAGUUUUAAAAGUUUACAAUUAUGAGUCUUUAACACUGUCAAAUGGGUUUCCAGAUAGCAUUAUAUCUGCCUGUUUAUUAAUGCUCCUUCUAAGGUACGCUACAUGGUCCAUGUUCGGUUCACAACUUUAUGAGUCCUGUAUGGGACAGUUUUAAUAGCAUAGAGGAAUACGUAAUAUUCCUUAAGAGGAAAGUGUACAGUCUGCAUCUCGGAAACCGUAAAUGUUAUUUCAUGUCCCAAAGUUGACGAACCUAUUGGAGUGCUCUUAACCUGUUGGUAGUACCCUUUAUCGAAUCGGCAGUCGUUGCUGAGGCAAAGCUCAAGGAUUUCUAAGACGUGUGGUAUUGGAAUGUCGGUGGGAUUGUCUUGCAGGCGUCGGGCCACGUUCUCAAUGACAAGGAGGAAAACAAGGCGACCAUAUCAAAUGAUAGAAUGCUUUCAGUGGGACUUGCUGUAAGACCUUGGAUCUUUUCAGGGAAUGUCUGGGAGUUUGUGAUGCUGUAUUGUGAUUUAUCAGCGAGGUGCUUCAGAUGUCUGUAUAAUCAUUUGGCUAAGUUAUAAGUGGGCGAUCCAAUGAGUGGCACUAUCAUCCUCAAUGGCGCAUCCUGUUUGGGCACCUUUGGAAGGCCAUAUGCAUGUGCGAUGCGUGGGUCACUGAGAGUCAUGAAUCUGGAGUCAUUGGGAUGUAUCAGUUUUAGUCGAGCGAGUUCGUUUACCUUCUUCUUUACAGCUGCAACCUGCUUUUUCGCUGGGUCCUCAAUGAGUGGUGCGUAGGCUUCUCUGGCAUUAAAGACUUGGUUUGCUUUUUGCACGUUAUCGGUCUUGUCGAUGAUGACGGUUGCGCCACCUUUGUCAGCAGGUAAAACUACAAUACUGCUAUCAGUCUUCAGGGUUCGCAACCCCUUUUCUUCAUCGAUGGUUAAGUUUCGGUGACGUUUCCUCUGUCAAAGAGGACCACUGGCACAACUGCGUAUGUCCACAUGCACGUCUUCGAGGAUAGCAGAAGUCAGUAGGAAGGAUUCGGAACUUGCUAGGAAAUUUGUAGGUGCAGCAUCGGUAUGAUUAAAUUUAAGUCCUUUAGACGGUAGGCUUAUUUCGGCGAGUGUUAGACUCUUUUUCGAAAGGUUACCAACUCUCUCAGAUGCGUUACACUCGUUGAUAGGGCAAAAAAGAAAUUGCUGUUUUUCUCUUGAAAAUUCACGAGUACAUCUCGAUUUUCUGACGAGCCUUCUCCUUUUCAGAUAGCGUUAUGUCUGCCUGUUUAUUGAUACCCCAUGACCCAUGUCCGGUUGACAAUUUUAUGAGUCCUGUAUGGGACGGUUUUCAUAGCAUAGGGAAAUACGUACAGUCUACAUUUUGGAAACCGUAAAUGCAAGUGCAGCUGCAGGCCAGGUGCAAAAUUAUUUGACAAUUAAUAGUACUUUUUUAAAACUGGGAGAUACCGUUCCGUUGGACGCAGACUUCGGAUAUUACGUAAUACAAUACAAAAAGUGGAUCCAGAAAAAAGCCAUUUUAUCCACGCUUUCUAUAGAAUAUGUUUAAAUUUAUAAGAGCAUCACAAAUCGACCGGAAAGAUGCACAUUCUGAGGUCGGCAUCCUUGCGUGAUUUGAACAUAUCUGCGGGUUAUAUUUCAUGCUUAUCGGUGUUACGACCCCACCUUUUUUCUAACCUAUGUCAUAUUUCAGAAUUUUGUUUAACGUUUAACUUCUGCCUUUAGCCUUGGCCCUCCGUGUACGCUUCUUUUCGCGUCACUAUUGUUGCUGGUCAUUGUGCGCUGUGGACCAGGGGGGGGGGUGUGACUACACGUCUAGGGGCUGCUGCUGCCGCGCCAGCUACCUGCGUGUUCUCCCACCUCCGGUCAUCUUGUCUGCCUUGACACGGCGCCCAGGUGGGGUGGAGGAAGAGUGCGUUAGAUGCUGCGCAAGUCUACUACGCGCUAGUCACCGUGCCUGCUCUCACUCCACUGUAGAGCACACGGUGGACAUCACCGGUCACGAUGUUCGAACUGUCGUGUAUACACAUCGGCCAUAGAGACAAAGAUGCGCUUCUCCUGACAGGAAUGAAGAGAAGGAGAAACAGCGACCUCAGGAACCGAAAGUUCUUUAGGCUGACGUUUGGAAAGCUAGUAAAUCUUGAUCGUUGAAUGACAGAGUGAUAUCGCGCUUCAGUAUGUGACACUGUUCAUGGUCGUACUGGCUGGCGAGUGUGCCCUCACUUACAUCGACCGUGGGAGGUAACCGGGGGGUCGUCUUCUGUCCAAGAACUUUUGGCUCCCCAUUUGGGAUGCAAACUACCUAUCACCACCGUAAGUUCCCGUUUUCUUAUCAUCUGCCACUGCUUGCCUAGAUCCGCCCCGCGCCCCAAGUCCGCAGUCUCACCCUUCGUGAUCGCUUCCUUGUGCCAACUCUUCUUUACGCUGUCGGAUCACGUCUUUAUCCACCGGGCCAGAUGAUCCUCACUCUCUUCAGUGGCCUGCUUACAUCCGCCACAAUCAUCGCCGACUACCUGCUACUUCCUCUAACUCUGGUCUACCUGAGGGUUGACUUCAUCAGUCCGCGUCUGUUCCCCUUCUGUGAGAUCUUCCUGCUUUAUGGCCUUCUCUUCGGCACCGAAUCCCUGACCAACUUCCUUGUACUGCGCUACACCAGAUGGUCCGCUCGACUGACUCCCCUCAGCGUGAACGCCUUGUCAGCGGCCCUCCUGGUUGUUGCGCUGCUCUGUUGUCUCUGCCCCAGCUUUGUCUUUCUCGUCAUUAUCUCCAUCAACGUCUCCUCGGGACUUUUUAUCUUCUCCUUCUGCCUCUUCUGUCUGGUGAGUGGGCUGCUCAAGUCAGCACACACUAUCCUCUCGGGGGUGUUGUUUGCCAAGUACCACGACGCCUGCCCCUAUCUGGCCGUCGUGCAGACAAGCGAACAGUUGGUGGGUCUUGUGCGCUCUCUCUUCUCAGCCUUCCUCAUCCUGAUUGCGGCGGCUGUUCUCUACACACAGGUACGCGGCUGCCCCCGAUGUCUUCCUUUAACUCUCCCUCUCCCUCUCAUCGUUUUCUUAGCGGAGAUAUAUGGUGCGGAAAUGGGUGAAACAUCUAUCACGGCCGAGAGUGAGACUCUGGCUACCACGACCUUCAGGCUCGGUCCCGAAUGGAAAGAGAGGGCGAACCCCAGUGGGAAGGAUAAUAUAUUCUGUACAGAUUAACUGCAGAAGCAGUUGGAGGUAGCUGGCAGUCGGACAUGGGCACUCCGGGUGCCGUCUGAGCAGCGUCCCAAGUGUCCGAGGGAAUGCGUCACGAUGUCUUAAGCCAGGACUCGUUUGACUCGGUUAAUUGGCCAGCUGAGAGCCGAGUGGGUGAAUGCUAGACAACCCUGGCUUCCUGCCCACAGCUGCGCAGUUCAUUCCUCCCUAAACAGCCAAGCUGACCCAUCAGCAUUUCGCUUGCCUAGUUGUCUCGCCAAUAGCAGGCGGUAGGUUAGCCCAGAGUUCCGGUUGUCUUCUCAACUUCAUCACCUCGAAUUCUAGUAUUAAGGCUAAACAUAGGGGUUAGGACACGGGAAUACGUACUCCUCCUGGAAGUUUGCACAAGGCCAUCCCUAUUGCCGGGAGGGGUUCCAAUUCCCUUGUCUUGUCUGCUGAUCUUUCGAUUCAUGCAGCUCUUCCAUAGUUGUCUCUCGAUUUUUAAUUGCCAGGAUAUUCCCCCAUAAUCUUGAUUGUCAACAAACCUCAACAAAUCUCAAAUAUUUCUGCGGAAAGUUCGAAUACUCUGUUUUUUGAACCUAUUUUGUUUUUUUAAAACACCUUCAAGCAACCUACAAUGGUCACAAGGCCGCAUUAAUCCUUCUCUUGAAAAUUGCUCAACUACACAUAAGCGUUGUAAAUAGUUUUUAAAAUAUAAUUUAGCUCUCUUACGGUGGCUGGGAAACCAUCACCAGAAUGGUCAGAAUGACUCAACAAGUGGUUAGUUGGGGCUUUUCUAUAUUUGCCCUGAAUUUCAGCCUUCGUUGUGUCAGUUAACGCUUAACCACCUAGACCCGGACUCGAUUUCCAACUAUGAAAUUAGAGAAUGCUCGGGUGACAGCGAUGAUGAUGAUGGUGGUGGUGGUGGUGAUGAUGAUGAUGAUGAUGAUGAUGAUGAUGAUGAUGAUGAUGAUGAUGGUGGUGGUGGUGGUGGUGGUCGUAGUAGUAGUAGUGAUGAUGAUGGUGGUGGUGGUGGUGAUGAUGAUGAUGAUGAUGAUGAUGAUGAUGUUGUCAAACAAGCGUUCGUUGUUCUCUGUACUUUUGCUGACUAAUGCCUUCUGGUCAUGUCAUAUAGUUUAAGCAUGCACAUCUGUCAGCGCGCUUCUCACUCUCUCUCCCUCUCCCUCUCUCUCUCUCUCUCUCUCGCUACAGGGCUUCUUCGCCCUCAUGCUGACGGUGGUUACCAUACACUGUAUGGCCCUUGCUGUCGGCCUUAUGGCCAUCAUCAUCAACCUCUCUAAGGAGAGGGCCCUCCGCCCCUCGGUUGAACUGGUGGACUAG